CGUGUUCAGUUGCCUAAAAGACCCUAACCAACAAAAAGCAAUGGCUCGUACCAAGCAGACUGCUCGUAAAUCAACUGGAGGAAAGGCUCCUCGCAAGCAGCUGGCGACAAAGGCUGCUCGCAAAAGUGCUCCGGCUACUGGUGGAGUGAAGAAGCCUCAUCGUUAUCGUCCGGGAACAGUCGCUCUUCGUGAAAUCCGUCGUUACCAGAAGUCGACUGAGCUGUUGAUCCGCAAGCUCCCAUUCCAGCGCCUGGUUCGUGAAAUCGCUCAAGAUUUCAAGACCGACCUGCGUUUCCAGAGUUCAGCUGUCAUGGCCUUGCAGGAAGCCAGUGAAGCCUAUCUGGUUGGUCUGUUCGAAGACACCAAUUUGUGCGCUAUCCACGCCAAGCGAGUCACCAUCAUGCCAAAAGACAUUCAGCUGGCUCGUCGUAUCCGUGGCGAACGUGCUUACACCAGCAAGCAUAACACCAUUGUCGAAAUGGCACCGAAAGCAAGUGGAAAAGCAGUCAAAAAAGCCGGCAAGGCAACGAAGGCCAUUGUGAAGGGAGACAAGAAAAAGCGUAAGCAACGGCGCAAGGAGAGCUAUGCUAUCUACAUCUACAAGGUGUUGAAGCAAGUUCACCCAGACACCGGAGUUUCCUCGAAGGCCAUGAGCAUCAUGAACAGCUUUGUUAACGACAUCUUCGAACGCAUUGCAUCCGAAGCUUCUCGCCUUGCUCAUUACAACAAGCGCUCUACGAUCACUUCCCGCGAGAUUCAAACUGCUGUUCGUCUUCUGCUGCCGGGAGAGUUGGCCAAACACGCUGUCUCGGAAGGCACCAAGGCUGUCACUAAGUAUACUAGCUCCAAUAACCUAGAAGACCUCAAACAACAAAAAGCAAUGGCUCGUACUAAGCAGACUGCUCGUAAAUCAACUGGAGGAAAGGCUCCUCGCAAACAGCUGGCGACGAAGGCUGCUCGUAAAAGUGCUCCGGCUACUGGUGGAGUAAAGAAGCCUCAUCGUUAUCGUCCGGGAACAGUCGCUCUUCGUGAGAUCCGUCGUUAUCAGAAGUCGACUGAGCUGUUGAUCCGCAAGCUCCCAUUCCAGCGCCUGGUUCGUGAAAUCGCUCAAGAUUUCAAGACCGACCUGCGUUUCCAGAGUUCAGCUGUUAUGGCGUUGCAGGAAGCCAGUGAAGCCUAUCUGGUUGGCUUGUUCGAAGACACUAACCUGUGCGCUAUCCACGCCAAGCGAGUCACCAUCAUGCCAAAAGACAUUCAGCUGGCUCGUCGUAUCCGUGGCGAACGUGCUUAAGACUAUCAGCUUUCAUUGAAUCUCAUUAUCAGUAAUC